UCAAAAAUCAGUCUGCCACUUACCGUCUUGUGCUUUGGACGCGCGCAACGCUUUCGCUAACGCCACAUACCGUUUAAGAGUCUUGUCUUAAUUGCCGCUGAAGAAAAGCAGCGCAUUUGUUAUCUUUGCGCUGUCGUGAGUUGUGAGUGCCGUCAACGGUUUUUUGUUGUCACUUUUGUUGUGCGCCGCCUAUUUUGACUUCGCUCGGUUUAGUCACCAGCCGUCAGUCGUUUGGUUUAGUUUGAUUUUGUGUUAACUGACUCUGACUCUGAGGAGUUCGACGUGAGCGUCUGUGCGGUAGUGUUGUUGCUAUUGUUGUUGCUAUUGUUGUUGUUUUUUGUAGUGUGUGUAGCAUACCAGCGCGUUGCGUGGUUCGCGUAAUUAUUGUGCAACAGUGAAACGACGACGCGCGGCGGCGCUGCAGCGAAAACACCUGAUACGCUUGAAAUUUUGGCAACUGCGCAAAAUAAAUACUACAAAAAGCUAAAAAUUUAUAAAAACCAAAAACAAAACGCACAUCAAAAUGGCUGUUAUACUACAUGAAGUUUACGACUGGUACAGAGAUCUUAUGGACAAUCGAAGUGAUCCACGUGUCAAAGACUGGCCCAUGAUGUCAUCACCAGUACCCACCUUAGCACUCUGCGUAUUCUAUGCCUACUUCAGCAAAUCGCUUGCGCCGCGUCUGAUGGCGAAGCGAAAAGCGUUGGAUCUGCGCAAAAUACUCGUCUACUAUAAUCUAUUUCAGACAAUAUUCAGCGCGUGGAUUUUCUAUGAGUACUUAAGAAGUGGCUGGUGGGGUAAUUACAGUUUCAAAUGUCAACCCGUCGAUUAUACCAAUAGUCCAUUGGCAAUGCGUAUGGCUCGCACUUGUUGGUGGUAUUACAUUUCAAAAUUCACAGAGUUCUUUGAUACGCUAUUCUUCAUAUUACGCAAGAAAACUGAACACGUAUCAACGUUGCAUGUCAUCCAUCAUGGCUGCAUGCCCUUCUCCGUAUGGAUGGGCAUGAAAUUUGCGCCAGGCGGUCACAGCACAUUCUUCGCGCUACUCAACAGCUUCGUACACAUUGUCAUGUAUUUCUACUACAUGAUCGCCGCCAUGGGUCCCAAAUACCAGAAAUUCAUUUGGUGGAAGAAAUACCUCACCACCUUCCAAAUGGUACAAUUUGUCGCCAUUUUCACACAUCAGUUCCAGUUGCUCUUCAGAGACUGUGACUAUCCCAAGGGAUUUAUGGUUUGGAUUGGUCUGCAUGGCAUUAUGUUCCUGUUUCUGUUCUCUGACUUUUAUAAAGCCAAGUAUACAAAUGCGCGUGCACGCAGCGCGGCGGCGAAAGCCAACACAAAUGGUUAUACUAAAAUACCUGCGUCGAAUGGCAAAUGCAUACCAGUCAGUAAUGGUGAUUUGUCCAAUCAUUUGGUGGCGUCCAAUAAUAAUAAGGGUGCUUGCAUGCCCGUCAUGGACGAUGAAGCCGAGAUCAUCAAGCCAAAUGGUCACUACACCAAUGGCUAUAAGAAUGGCUACGCUAAUGGGCAUGCCUUCAAGGAGGGUGACGGUAUGCUCUCCACAAAUGAUGCUAUACUCAAUCCCGACAGCAGUAGCUCUAGUCUACAUCAGCGAAAAGUCAAAUAAAGCAUAAAGUGUAACAAAGGAAAGCAGAAAUAACCAGCAAAGCAUAGUUAGUUAUAUAAGUAUAUAUUAAAACAAAACAAAACAAAAACAAGAAAAACAACAAAAAACACACACACAACAAAUUGAUUAUUUUUUAUAUAUACAUAAAUUAUAUAUUUAAUAAUUUAAAACGAGUAAAUAUGGAGCUUUUAUAUAUAUAAAACUGUACAUAUAUUUAAAAGUUUGGUAAAAAAAGGAAGAAAAACACAAGCAUUAAUUUUAAUUAAAAUACUAUACAUUAUAUACUAUAGCAGCAACAAAGAAGAAUAUGUUCUAAGGUCAAGUACUACAUUUGUACAUACAUACAUUUAUUUCUAGACAUAAUCUAGUAGCAUCACCAAGUUGUUCAAACAAUUUGCAGUAGAUAUGUAUGUAUUUAAUGCAAAUGGAAAACACAAAAAAAAAAAACAAAAACAAACAAAGCGAAAUGCAGAAAACACAUGUUUCAUUAGGCAAACAAAAAGAAAACACAUAAAACAACAAAAAAAGUAAAUUAAAAUUAAAAUAAAAAAAUGCAUAAAUUUUAUUUAAGUACAUUUAUUAGUUAUAGAAGAGCAACAAUUGCGCGCCGCUUUCUUGUAGUUUGUGAAGAAGAAGAAGAAGUAGACGGAGUAGGAAGAAAGGGAAAGUAAAAGCAAAGUCAAACAAUUUAUUGUUAUAAAUUUGUAAGCAAAGUCAAAUGGUAUUUUACAUUCUCCACACGCAUAAAUUAUGCAAAAAAAAACACAAAAACAAAAACAAAAAAACAUUAUAAAUAUAUAUGCAUACAUAUAUACACAUACAUAUGUGAAGAAACAGAACAAAGCGAAUCUUAAAGUUUUACACAAGAAAACUUGGCAACAACAGGGAAAUAAAUCAAAUAAUAAUAAUAAUAAACAAGAAAUGGACGUCUACAACUAUUAUUGUUAAUACAUAUUACUACUACAACAACAACAACUACUACUGUUUUACUAUUAUUAUUAUUAUUGUAUACUACAAAACAAAAAGCAACAACAACUACUACCAAGCGACACUACUACCACCAAACGAAACAAAAAAAAAAAGAAACAAAAACAAAAAAGUUACAACUGUUAUUAUUAUUAUUUUCUUUUGUAUUAAACUCUACUACUCUAUAGCGCAGUUAUGCGCGUAAAUUGCGCUGUAGCAUGCGCCGAUUGCAGCAAAUUGUUAUAAUGCGCAUGCGCAGUGUGUUUGUAAACAUCUACCUAACAAUAUGACUUAGACUUAUGUAAAUGUAUUUAUGAAAAGUGUAAACAUAAUGUACAUUUUUUAUAUAACACAGAGAGAAAGAAACAAAAAUUCGAACGCGUAAAAAAUAAUAAUUUUAGUAAAAGAAACAACAACAACAACAAUGUCAAGUACACUGAUAGCACUGCAUUUUUAUCAAACUAUGUUGCAAAAUUUAAUCAGAAAAAAAUUGUGUAGUCAGAAAAACGGAAAUAAAAAAAAAAGAAAUUAAUAUUUUGUAUAGUAACGGGUGAACGGUAUUCUAUUUUGUGGACAAAUACGUAACGGAUGAACAAACUAUAUUUAUAAAUAUGUAUAUGUAUAUGCCUAUAUAAAUAUUUACAAAUAUCACACACUACUUAGUUAGCUGCGUCCUAUUAAACAAUAUACUCGUUGUACAUAUAUAUAUUUACAUAUAUACAACAAUACAUGAACAAACAGUGCGCAUGUGUUUAAGUAAGUACAUAAGUGCGUGUAUGUAUAUAUUAUAUAAAUAUGUAUGUAGUUAGCAAGAAUGGAAUUUACAUUUGUAGAUAAAUGAAUGCUUAAGCGCUAUUGUUCGUGUUUAAUUUUUCUAAUAUUUUAUUAAAAUCCAACUGAAUGUAAUGUAAAAAAAAAACUGUUAUUUAGCAAGAAAUUUUAUGAAAAAAAGUGUAAUUGUAUUAUUGUAAUUUUUUUUUAGUUUUUUGUUGCUUUAUUGCAUAUUUUUAAAUUUUUUAUUUUUUUACUUUUGCAAUUUAUAUUUUUACAAUUUGUAUUUUAAAUUUACGUACAUUUACACGCAUGCAUAGCAGAAAAGCAAAAUGCUGUCGUGUAAGCAAUAGUUUAUAUACCCAAACAUAUACAUAUAUACAGUUAUAUUUAUAUAUUAUAUUAUUUUCCUUUUGCAAACGGGUUACUGGUAGUCAAAUUUUGUUUGUUUGUUUGUAUAUUCUUUUUCAAAUCUAUUAUUCAUUGAAAAAAGAAAGAGAAAAGCAAAAAAUCUCUUUUGUACCACACAAUCAUAUUACAUACGCAUACGAUGAGUAGAUAUGUAUUUGCUACGCUUAAUUAUUAUUUGCAUACUUUUGUAAGGUUAAUGUGCCUAAUGUGUCUACUUUAUAAUGUAAUUUUGUAAAGUUACUUAGUGUAAUUCUGUUUCUUUGAAAUAAACUCAUGAAUCCAUACAGAAAUCGAAUAUAAAA